UCACUUUCUCAUCUAAGCACCUUGUGGACACAUGCCUCCCCUUCUCCUCCACCGCUAUGGCGAGAUUCCUGCGCUCAACAAUCCUCUCACGCUAGACGAUCUACGCACUGCCGACGAGUAUAUCGAGUUUGUCCUGGAGCGUCGCGACAAAGUGCCGCGAGGGGUUCCACUUGCCACACAGCAGCAUCUAACUAGUGCGAUAAUGUGGAAAGAACGAAUGCGUACUGAGAUGUGCAAUACUUACUAUGCCGCCGCUGACAUUCACCCUGAACAAGAAGCAGGCAUGGGACAGUUGAUGCAACACCCUGGCCAAAUGCAACAAGCUCUACAGCAGAGCCUACACGAUGGGCUAGCUGGCGUACACGAAAGAAUGGACAACUUGCAGGCCAACAUGCAGCAGAUGUUCACCGAUGUGCAGCAGAAUUUGGACCAGAGUUUCGCCGGCAUGGAGGCAAGAUUAACUGGCAUAGAGGGGAGAUUGAUCAGGAUAGAGGAAAGACUGACGAACAUCGAAGCAGACGGCCAUUCAAGCAAGAAUCGCAGGGGUCGAAGAGAGGGGCACCGCGACAGACGAGAAACUUGAUACCGAGUUGCCAGUGCAGUGCGAAGGGGUGUGGCGCGUUGAAAGUAUCAGUGCAAAGGCUUGGAACCGUCAAUGUGGGACGAGACUGGUUGACUUGUAUGCGAAGGUGCCCUACAACACUCAUGUCCCCUAUGCCGACAUACCGCGGAUUCGGAACUUUCGGCAUCUUCAGAGGGCGAGUAACGCAACAGUCAACGCCUGGCUGCGCUUUUACCAUUGCUCCCGGCCGGGCACACUGGCUCAGAAGAAAGUCCGGCUAUGUCUCAUCCUUGGUCUUAAUCCCUACCGAUGCGAUGCUUUCCGCCUGGGUUAAUUUUACUAUUGCAAGGCACCUCCAUAUGUGCAGUAGUGGUCAAAAGUCUCUGCGCUCUGA